AUGCACUAUUACUUUAAAGGUGACAACCGUACAGAUCUCUAUUUACAGCCCAAAUCAACCCUUAUUUGGGCACCAUCUCACCAGUCGAGCAGACAAGCCUCCAAAGUAAAAAAAAGCAAUAGUUCAGCUUGCAAACUUAUGCAAUUGAACCAAUACAACUCCGCACACUCACACACAACCAACCAGUUCGACGUACCGCGAAAAAAUUUUUUCGACCUGGUUUGUGGAAAGCUGGACUCCUGGAGACCAGUAAUCAAAUUGUGGGUAGGCUCCCAGUUGUACAUAGCCACCAUGCGACCAACAGAUGUAGAAAAAAUAUUGACAAACUGUCUAAACAAGUCACCUUUCUACGAGAAUUUCAAUGACAUAAUGAAAGACACCCUGCUAACUUCAAAAGUUAGUAUCUGGAAAGAACAUCGCAAAAUGAUCAAUCCCUCGUUUAAUUUGAAGAUCUUGAAUUCGUUUCAUGAUACAUUUGUUAGUUAUUCAACUGAAAUGGUGAAGUAUUUGAGUGACUUAGAAGGUGGAGAACAAACGAAUCUUUUUCCAGUCAUUUGGGAAAAAACACUUGAUGCAGCUUUAGCAACUUUAACCAAUGUAAAUCCGCAAGUGAUAAAGGAACGACGACGUUUCAUUACAGUUAUCGUGAAAUUCGAAGAAAUACUUAUACAGAGAUUUCAUACGUUUUGGCUUCUCGUGGAUUUCUUUUGGAAAUUAUCCAACUUACACAAGGAGCAUAAAGAGGUUUGUCAAACUGGUCACGCAUUUCUCGAAAACAUAUUAUUACAAGAAAAGAAACAAUAUGAUUCCGAUGACAUAAAUGAAACCUUGAGACUAGUUCCCACAGUUCCUUUCAUUUUGCAAUAUGCCGACGAAGACAUUAAAUGCGGUCCUUACGUUUUCCCUGCCGGCUCUAACCUUAUCGUUCCUCUAGUGCUACUACACAAAAAUCCGGCCAUCCAGUGGGAAUAUAUGGUUGUGCUGAAGGCUAAAAGUAGUCGUUUACGUUUCGAAAAAAGGAAAUUUUGA